CAGACGAGUGGCGGCGGCAGCCCCAGGUCCCGGGUCCCUCAGACAAGAGGGCGGGUGGAGGAGGAAGCGGCCGAGCCCAGAGUCCUGCUCCGGCGCCGCGGAGCACCGCCCGCCUUAGCUGACCAGCCCCAUCGGCUACUGGGCCUUGCCUAGACGAGACGAGUGAAAGGCCGCGGCGGCCGUGAGGAGGUGGCGGGGGUGCCGGCAGAGGCGGCGCGGACUGCCGCGGCUGCCGCUUUGUUGUGCGGCCCGGGCCGAGGAAGGAGAAGUGGGAGGAGGGGGGAGCUCGGCGUCCCGCUCCCUGCGCGGCUCAUGGCGACGACGCUCGGCACAUCCGGGACCCUCCGGCCGCGGCGGCCGCGGCGCCGGCUGCUCGGGCCCCAGCCCCGGCCGCUGUUGUGACUCCGCCGCGUCUCGCCGUCGCCCCGUCCCUGGUCCCCAUCCCGCCCGCCGCCCCUUCGCCCCCGCCGCCAGGGACAUGUCUAACCCCGGAGGCCGGAGGAACGGGCCCGUCAAGCUGCGCCUGACAGUACUCUGUGCAAAAAACCUGGUGAAAAAGGAUUUUUUCCGACUUCCUGAUCCAUUUGCUAAGGUGGUGGUUGAUGGAUCUGGGCAGUGCCAUUCUACAGAUACUGUGAAGAAUACACUCGAUCCAAAGUGGAAUCAGCAUUAUGACCUGUAUAUUGGAAAGUCUGAUUCAGUUACGAUCAGUGUAUGGAAUCACAAGAAGAUCCAUAAGAAACAAGGUGCUGGAUUUCUUGGUUGUGUUCGUCUUCUUUCCAAUGCCAUCAACCGCCUCAAAGACACUGGUUAUCAGAGGUUGGAUUUAUGUAAACUUGGGCCAAAUGACAAUGAUACAGUUAGAGGACAGAUAGUAGUAAGUCUUCAGUCCAGAGACCGAAUAGGCACAGGAGGACAAGUUGUGGACUGCAGUCGUUUAUUUGAUAAUGAUUUACCAGACGGCUGGGAAGAAAGACGAACUGCCUCUGGAAGAAUUCAGUAUCUAAACCAUAUAACAAGAACUACACAAUGGGAGCGCCCAACACGACCGGCAUCUGAGUAUUCUAGCCCUGGCAGACCUCUUAGCUGCUUUGUUGAUGAGAACACUCCAAUUAGUGGAACAAAUGGUGCAACAUGUGGACAGUCUUCAGAUCCCAGACUGGCUGAGAGAAGAGUCAGGUCACAACGACAUAGAAAUUACAUGAGCAGGACACAUUUACAUACUCCUCCAGACCUACCAGAAGGCUAUGAACAGAGGACAACACAACAAGGUCAGGUGUAUUUCCUACAUACACAGACUGGUGUGAGCACAUGGCAUGAUCCACGAGUGCCCAGGGAUCUUAGCAACAUCAAUUGUGAAGAGCUUGGUCCAUUGCCUCCUGGAUGGGAGAUCCGUAAUACGGCAACAGGCAGAGUUUAUUUCGUUGACCAUAACAACAGAACAACACAAUUUACAGAUCCUCGGCUCUCUGCUAAUUUACAUUUAGUUUUAAAUCGGCAGAACCAAUUGAAAGACCAACAGCAACAGCAAGUGGUAUCGUUAUGCCCUGAUGAUACAGAGUGCCUGACAGUCCCAAGGUACAAGCGAGAUCUGGUUCAGAAACUAAAAAUUUUGCGACAAGAACUUUCCCAACAGCAGCCUCAGGCGGGUCACUGCCGCAUUGAGGUUUGCAGGGAAGAGAUUUUUGAGGUAAAUACAGAAAUAUAUACAUUAACAAAAAAAUUCUUUGGUCAUAUCUUGUUUUCUAGGGAAUGGUUGUAUCUCUUGUCACAUGAAAUGUUGAAUCCAUACUAUGGCCUCUUCCAAUAUUCAAGAGAUGAUAUCUAUACAUUGCAGAUCAAUCCUGAUUCUGCUGUUAAUCCGGAACAUUUAUCCUAUUUCCACUUUGUUGGACGAAUAAUGGGAAUGGCUGUGUUUCAUGGACAUUAUAUUGAUGGUGGUUUCACAUUGCCUUUUUAUAAGCAGUUGCUUGGGAAGUCAAUUACUUUGGAUGACAUGGAGUUAGUAGAUCCAGAUCUUCAUAACAGUUUAGUGUGGAUACUUGAGAAUGAUAUUACAGGUGUUUUGGACCAUACCUUCUGUGUUGAACAUAAUGCAUAUGGUGAAAUUAUUCAGCAUGAACUUAAACCAAAUGGCAAAAGUAUCCCUGUUAAUGAAGAAAAUAAAAAAGAAUAUGUUAGGCUCUAUGUGAACUGGAGAUUUUUACGAGGCAUUGAGGCUCAAUUCCUGGCUCUGCAGAAAGGAUUUAAUGAAGUAAUUCCACAACAUCUGCUGAAGACAUUUGAUGAGAAGGAGUUAGAGCUCAUUAUUUGUGGACUUGGAAAGAUAGAUGUUAAUGACUGGAAGUUAAACACCCGGUUAAAACACUGUACACCAGAUAGCAACAUUGUCAAAUGGUUCUGGAAAGCUGUGGAGUUUUUUGAUGAAGAGCGACGAGCACGAUUACUUCAGUUUGUGACAGGAUCCUCUCGAGUGCCUCUGCAGGGCUUCAAAGCAUUACAAGGUGCUGCAGGCCCGAGACUCUUCACCAUACACCAGAUUGAUGCCUGCACUAACAACCUGCCGAAAGCCCACACUUGCUUCAAUCGAAUAGACAUUCCGCCCUAUGAAAGCUAUGAAAAGCUCUAUGAAAAGCUGCUAACAGCCAUCGAAGAAACAUGUGGAUUUGCUGUGGAAUGAUGAGCUUCAAGGAUUUACCCAGGACUCUAUUUAUACAACCCUGACUGACAGCCCCCUUUCAGCAGGAUUUCAAAGAAUGCUGAAAUACAGGAAAACAUCCCCCCCCCCUUUUUUUUUAAUUCUAGGACACUGUGAGGGGAAAGGACAAUUUUGAAAUUCCUUUUCAAGGAAAAAAAAAAGGUCUUUAUGCUUUGCCAUGAGGCCACAUUCAGCUGCUAUUUAAACUUAAUAUCUUGAACCUAAAGAAUGCUGACUUUUCCUACAUUUCCAGAGUUAGGCAGUAUUCUACACUUAAAGACUACUACUAUUUUUAUAAAAGGUAAUCUAUUCAAAUCGCUUCAGAUUUCAAGUCUCUCAAACAUCAAGACAACUUCAGCAGUCGGUACAAGUCACAUUUCAUUUUGAUUGAAUCCAUGAUUUUGAAUAGCUCCUGUACUUGCUCUUUGUAAAAAAAAUAAAAUUAUUUUGAAUUAUUCUACCUUUGUAAACAAUUGGCUAAAAGAAUCAUCUUUAAGAAAUUAAGCCAUUUUACAUGUUGUGUUUUUCUAUAGCAGAGCAUUAUAUUUUGCAUUGUAUGUUCCAGCCUAGUGUAAGUGGGUCUUUUUUACAGUUUUCAAGAAUGAAUUUCCUGGAAUACAGCUAUAUAAUUUUGGUUGUCAAAUUCCUAAUGCAGCCAUUUAGUCUAAACUUAGUCAUUUAUUUGCUACAAUAAAAUGUGUUCAGGGGCUCCCUGUUUUUAAGAGA